AUCUACUGGACAACCAUUUAGACUGGACUGUUAGUUCAGUUUGUUUCAAAUCAAUAUGUAAGACUUUCACCAUAAAGUAUCCUCAAUUUUAACAUAUUUAUGUAUUAUAAUGUUGUUCUGGCCGCGGACAUUUCCAUGUCCUGUUGUCCAUGUCUUCUUGUUCACUGUCAUGUAAUACCAUGUCCUCAGCAUACCACCAGAGAUUGAUUUAAACUGCCCUCACUCAGUGUUUGUUCAUCUGUAUCUUCUCCUUGAUCAAACAAUGCUGAGAGCUUUAUUUGUUGUUCUUCUAGUCUUCUUAAUAAUCCAUUUAGGAAACAGUCGUUUCAUUAGUGAGAAAUCCAGUUUCCUAUCAGAUAGGAUGAUAGAGCAGACUGGCCAAUUACCAGUCGUUGAGUUUGAGCUCACAUCAACAACCGUGACAUGCAAACUCACUUAUGGUUUCUUGCCAUGUGCGGGGACAGUAUGGGAUUACCUCUUCCUCUUGGUGGUGUAUGAGUACUUGCUCUCCCUCUCGGAGCAGUACAUUUCAAGUGGAUCUAACCUCUUCUUUGGAAUGUUUGGAACUGGUAUAUUUGGGGCCACUUUGUUCCAAGUCCUUGGCAUUUUUCCUCAGAUAAUUCUGCUUCUCGUUUCUAUAGUCUCAGGAAGUGAGGACACUGUUGAAUCUAUGGCAGAAAUGUCGAUGAGCAUGCUUGCAGGAUCAGCAAUCAUGCAACUUACUCUUAUUUGGCCUUCUGUUGUAGCUUUUGGUAGCUAUGAUCUUUCACAGACCUCAACUUCAUCAAAUUCUGAUACUGAAGUGACUUCAGUUUCAUCAAAUUCUCAGAAUAAGAAACCAUUCAGCUUAACUGGUUUUUCACUCCUAUCAGUUCUUGAUCAUUUUACUUCCAGAACAAGAAACAUCUUGAAUUAAAUCGUGAAAACGUGUAAUUUUACUUGUAUGAGCAGGAUACGGCGUGAGAACUGACAUUCAUACAAAUUACACAGCAAAAAUAAUGCUUCUGUCAAUGGUUCCAUUUCUGAUUCUUCAGCUUGCUCAGAUUCUGAACUCUCCCACAGCUACCCAAAUAGUGGUCUUAGUUUCUCUCAUCAUUUCUGUUGCUUUCGUUGUCAGUUACAACACCUACCAGGUACAAAAUAAAUAAUAAAAUAAAAAUUAAGAGCAUGGUAUUGGUAAGGCAACUAUAUUUUGAGUAUUCUUAUGUGCUCAAUGUUAGAUCAUCCUCGUAAAAACUGUGAUGGAUUUUUUUGGCAAUUUGAUUGAUAGAUUAAUGUUGUUUAACAGGUAUUUCAGCCUUGGAUUAGAAAAGGAGACUUCAAUAUGUGAUGCGUAAAUACAUACAAAAGAACUUGCUGCAAGCACUUCUUACUAGUGACAGAAGGCCAGAUGAAACCAAAACAAGAAAGUUGUUUUAUAAGAUUGACAAGAAUAAUGAUUCGCAUAUAUCAGCCAAUGAACUGAGAUCACUGAUACUCGGAAUACAAAUAGAAGAAGUUGGCUUGGAUAAGGAUGACUUUGCAACAAAGGUGAUGGAAGAGUUUGAUAUCUCUGGUGAUUCUAGUAUAGGUGAAACACAAUUCAUAAAAGGGCUCUCAGAAUGGCUCAUCAAGGCCAACAAUGAUGCAAAUGGUGAAGAUAAUGAACAGCAGAAACUUUUUAGUACUAAAGUUAAGGUAUGUAUUGAAACAAGAU